UCCAUCCCCGUGGUUCUCCAAUCCAGAAAAAAAAUAAAUAGAAGCAAUAAUUAUGAAGAAAGGGAAAACUACGGCAGUGUGAAAAGGGAAAGAGAGAGAAGAGAACCCAAGAAUCUCAAAAGGAAGCAACAUUUCUUCCUUCCUUCUUCUUCAUCUUCACACCACACCACACCACAAUCUUCAACACGUGAAUUGUGCUCUACAUCUUCUUCGCCGGAACGAUGGCCGGCGGCGGUGGAUCCACGGGGAGGUUACCGACGUGGAAGGAGAGGGAGAACAACAAGCGGAGAGAGAGACGACGGAGAGCGAUUGCUGCUAAGAUCUUCACUGGCCUUCGAGCUCAAGGGAACUUCAAGCUUCCCAAACACUGCGACAACAACGAGGUCUUGAAAGCUCUCUGUGCUGAAGCUGGUUGGAUCGUCGAAGAAGAUGGCACUACCUAUCGAAAGGGAUGCAGGAGACCCCCAAUUGAGAUUGGAGGUACACCACCGAAUAUGAGUGCUUGUUCUUCCAUUCAGCCAAGUCCGCAAUCCUCGUCGUUCCCUAGUCCUGUUCCGUCGUACCACGCCAGUCCAACCUCGUCGUCUUUCCCUAGUCCCACUCGCAUGGAUGCGAGCCCCUCUUCCUUUCUCCUCCCGUUUAUUCGCAACAUAACUUCCAUCCCUACGAACCUUCCGCCUCUCAGGAUAUCUAAUAGCGCCCCUGUAACCCCGCCUCUUUCUUCUCCCAGAAGUUCGAAGCGGAAAGCUGAUUUUGAACCCUUCUCUAAUGGCUCCUUCAAUGCCUUCCGGCACCCCCUUUUUGCUACUUCUGCCCCGUCAAGCCCCUCACGCCGGCACCACGUGGCCACUUCCACUAUUCCCGAAUGCGAUGAAUCGGAUGCUUCCACUGUGGACUCUGGUCGCUGGGUUAGUUUCCAGACAACACCAGCCUCUGCUGCUGCUGCUCCUCCUUCCCCGACAUUUAAUCUCGUGAAGCCAGCAAUUCAGAUGAUCACUCCCCAAAGUUCCAUGGAUAUGAAUGAAGGCCUGCCAUGGGGUUCUGGUGCAGAGAUAGGUAGAGGAUCAGAUUUUGACUUUGAGAAUGGCAGGGUGAAGCCGUGGGAGGGUGAGAGAAUCCAUGAAGUAGGAAUGGAAGAGUUGGAGCUUACUUUAGGGUGUGGAAAAGCCUAAUGGCUAAUGCUAAGACCCACUUACCUCUGUAUGUCUAUACCUCACUGCAAAAUCAAUUAUUCAACUGCAAUCUUUCGACUAAAGGUGCCUGGUUUCCUUGGUGAGCUCGUGGAUUGCUCGGUUCUGCUUCUUCUCCCUUCGUCAGGGAUGUUGGUUUGUUAUGCUAUAUUUUCUUUAUGUGUACAGUUCUUUUUAUAUAGCAGUGGCUAGUGCUUACAUUAUUAUGAAAUUGACUUCAUUGUAAUGCCAUGUUUAUUGUUGAAGAGUUGCAUUUGAAGCAACCUUAAGGAAGUGUUUUCAGACUUGAAUGUUAA